GACACAGAUAGCAACACUUUUAAAAGAAUUAUAAAAGCUAUUUACUGCAUUAAAUGUGCAACCCUUAACUGUAUGCUAUGCAACAAUGUUUACAUAGAAGGUACAACUUAAAGUGACAGUUCACCCAAAAAUUAACCUUUUAUCAUUUAUGUGAAAUAAAGCACUUUUUAUGAUACUUUUUACACAUUGAAAACUUCCAUCCAAAUGUAUUGUUAUCACAGAACAAAUAGUUCUCUCCAAAACAUUUUUUUUUUAUUUUAUUUUAUUUUCAUUUUCAUGGGUGACUCUAUAAUUUUCUCAAGUAACCGAUUAGCCAAGGUACUGUAGCUAUGUAAUGAUCACGAAUGAGCAACUUCAGGGUAAAACAGGUUCUAAACUCCGUCACAAUUUAUAUUGUGCUAAUGACCUGCUGACUGUAAAUACUGUAAAUGCUUAUUCAUCUCAUUUUCCUUGCUCUAGCUGCUUCCUCUGUGUCUUGCUGUUUUGUCAUGCGUCACUUGAGUCACUUUGAGUCACUCCCUGCAGUUAUGAAUAUGCAUGCUUCAUUAUCUUGCAUGGCUUCAGCCCUGUAGACAGAAAUAAACCAUUUAGUGCAUCAAAAUUUUCAUACCAUUUACAAUACAUUUUACUCAUGAAGGCUGUCAAUUUGUAUAUAACCAAUUACACAAGCUGUUUUUAUACAUGUACAGCUCAUCUUUUUUGGUGCUUAUCUAUGUGCAAGUGUUUUUGUAGGCGCAGACUAGUUCAUACGGUUUCAUCCCCUGCAGCUUGUGUGGUUCAUUGUUGUCCUCAUGAGGUUCAUGACACAGAGUGAAUGUAUGGGUCUGUUCUCAUCCUGAGGGCAACAGGGUUACAUAACCUGUGUACCUCUCUCUUCUCAACUCCUUCCUGCUCCUGUUCUCAAAGCAGGAGAUUCUUUAACGUGGGAGUGGAAAGAGACAACAUUCCAGUUUUCAAGAAGAAGAUCUUAAUGCUUAAUGGUACACGUUGCUCUCAGUUUGCACUUUGCAGCACUCCUCUUUCACUUUCCUUCCUUAACGGAUAGUUUUACACAGCCGGGUGUCACAUCGUUCUCCAGAACUGUUGGCGAGGAGCUAGUAGUUGUAUCACAUUCUCUUUAGAGGGUUACAGAUCAUUUGCCGUAAGCUUCACACAAGAGAGAAUGUUUACCUUGGUAUCUAGAUGUAGAUUUUUGGUAUUGAGUGACUCCGAUGGGCAGCAAUGAGUCUGUAAUCUGUACUAAUCCUCCAUGAAAAAGAAGGCUUACUGCAGUGAAUUCUGCUCAGCCAGCAAACUCACCCCACAUGUUGGUACAGACACAGCAGAGUGCCAGAGUGCAUUCACUGAUUCUGUGAUGAACUACUAGCUAUCAGUACGCAUGUGGGAAAGACCCAAGCUACUGAGCUCAGCAAACUUCGGCUUAAUUUCUGUUAUGGCUUCUAACUGUGGGCAUUUGUGCUUUGUGUUGCGGGCUGUUUUGUGGUCUGGCGUGGUGUUUUGUGCUCUUCCGCUCCUGCUGUUUGUUCCUGUCAUUCUCUUAUCUCGACGGUGGUGACGGUCCUUAUAUUACACUGAUCAUUUCCCAGUACAUAUCCUGAACAGGAAAAGCUUGUAGGUGUUGAUUCAGGUGACCAGUCAUUGUCCUUUAUUUGCUGAACUAUGUCCUUCUUCUGUUCCCAUUGGUGGGCUUCCUGCCUGUGAUGAGUGACUGACAGUCCAGAAAGGCUCUGAGACACAUUCAGCAUCAUCUGUAAAUAGGCUACACACACAGGGAUGCGCUCCUAUAUUUUCAAACAAAGCUCUGUUAUUGGCUCACAGGCAGAGCACACUGGGAUGAGGACGUACUAUUUCAGUGCGGACACACAGGAGGACAUGAAUGGCUGGGUCAGGGCCAUGAACCAGGCUGCACUGAUGCAAACCCACACAGUGAAGAGAGACGAGUCAGAUUAUCCAGAGCAAGUGAACGUUUCUGAGAAACUCAAGCAGCAGGCUGUUCCUCAGACCAACCACAUCAACAGCUUCGUGAUUCCAGAACCCGAAGUCAUCCAAAGUGACGAGCUGCAGGAGGAGAGGCAGGAAGGAUUUAUUGGAGAAGUGGAGAUUCAGGUUGCUCCAAGAGAGAUGGAGCAGGCGAGGGGUAAAUCUCCGGUGAGCAGGAUAGUGGAGGUGGAGGUUUUAGCUCCAGGGUCAGCACCAGCAUCCCAAGUUCCCUCUCGAGCUCCUUCCAGGGCUGUCUCGACCCCGCCAGUGCUGAGGAAUGGUACACCCAUAGAGCAGAACGGCAUGCCUGGGUAUCAGAGGGGGCCUACACCACCAUCUCAAACUCCUGUUCGGGUACAGAGGAGGAGUGCACUGGAGAAGGUGGAAAACUGGGUCAAAGUACAGAAGGAAGAAUGCCAGGGGUUUGUUUCUACUGAUGGCACAAUCCCAUGUCGGACCCCUCCCAUUCAUCCGAAGUACAGCAAAAUAGACAAGUACCAAUCCUUACCAAAGGCCACAAGACAAAGCCCAUCAACUGCUCCCCAUCAGUUGCCCAGUGAAUACAAAUAUUCCCAUGACCGGCUCAAUCACUUCCAGAUGACCCACAGCCACACCCAGCGACCCGCGACGCAUGACACCGUGUGGCAGCUCUACGAAUGGCAACAGCGACAGCAAUAUCGGCACGGCAGCCCCACCGCCCCCGUGUACACUCCCGCUCCAGACUAUUCCACAGCUGUAUCCUCCACCAGAGUCAACUCUGACAUUGCUCGCUCCAUUUCCGUGCCUCCAACCCUGGCAGACAUCCCUCCACCCGGUCCUCCUGGGCCCAGACUACUGUCUCCACGCAGAGUCCACACACCUGCAGAACGCGUUACAGUUAAACCCCUGGAGGACAGGCCCACCGUGGAGGUGCCACCGUCAAACUCUCCUCACCAUCGACGCUCCUAUAAGUCAGCCACAGUAGAGAGACGCUCAAUGCCUCCAUCCGGCUAUAUCACACAUACAGUCAGUACACCCAGCCUGCAUGGAAAAACGCCGGAGGAGCUCACCCUUCUCCUCAUCCAGUUACGGAGACACCAAGCCAUGAUGGCAGGUGUGCGCAACAAUGCGCUGGCCCACCUCCAGAUGUUGUCUCGGGUGAAGGCUGAUGACACAUACGUGCACUUGAAGAAGGACCUGGAAUAUUUAGAUCUGAAGAUGAAAAGUUUAGAGCCAUUGAUCCUCAUGGUUCACAGUGUGUUACAAACCUGCUAUGCGGGGGGUUUGAGACCACUCUGGAACGUGAGUGCGACAGAGAGUCUGAAAGGACGGUCUCCAAAGCCAGUGAAGGUGGCAGAAAGUGAUGUAGAUGUGACACUGAGUCGAUUGUGUGAACAAGACAAAAUACUGCAGGAGCUUGAGUUCAGACUCAGUGGACUCAAGGAUGAUAAGGACAAGCUUGAGUCUGUUCUGGAUGUGUCCCACCAGCAGAUGGAGCAGUACAAGGAUCAGCCAGCUCACGCUGAGAAGAUCGCCUACCAGCAGCGACUCCUUCAAGAGGACCUGGUGCAUAUUCGAGCUGACACUUCUAGAGUGUCAACGGAGAUGGAGAGAGCGUGGGUGGACUACAGCAGGUUGGAGCAGUCAGUGGAACAGCUGAAGGAUGUCCUGCAGUCUCAGAUGAAUCUCUGCACAUCACCUCAGGAGAAAAAUCAGUUGAGGAGGGAGCUCUGGAGGAUAGAGGACGUGAUGACUGGACUCAGCUCAUCCAAAGAAACCUUCAAAAUCACCAUAGACUCAGUCAAGAACCCAGAGAGAAAACUUGUGCCUUCAGUAAUAGAGUCAACAGUGCCUUCUCGGUGCAUGACCCCGUCUGCAGUCGAGGUGCGGUCACCCCGACGCAGUCUUACCUCCAGUCCGUUAUCACUGCCCUUAGACAAUGAGGUUUUUCAGAAUCCUUACUCUGUGCCCAAAUGGGAAGAGGAUGAUGCUCCACCCAGACCACCUUUGCCCCUCCUCUAUGAUGAGGACACAGCCCCUGUUGUCCCGCCCCUACCUAAAGAAACAACGGUCAUUAGACACACUUCUGUCCGUGGCCUCAAGCGACAAUCUGAUGAGAGGAAACGUGACAGAGAAAGCAGCUAUGUGAAUGGAGACUGCAGGGUGGAACUGCGGUCCUACCUGAGUGAACCAGAGCUUCCUGGAACAGGAACAGAUCAAGUGGACGCAGGCUACCUGACUCUUCAAAGAAGAGGCCUGUCAGGCUCCUCUUCCAGAAUAAACCAGUAUGGUGUGACUUCCUAUUCACCGAGGAGAGGAGAUUCUGCAUUAUCAUCAACAGAGAGACCAAAGAGUGCCUUGGAGCGGCUGUAUUUGGGAGAGUCUCAGCCAGAUCAGCCGCUGCAGAGAGCGAGGAUGAGUGUGGAGGAGCAGCUGGAGAGAAUGAAAAGGCACCAGAGCGCUCUAAUGCGUGAGCGCAAACGUAACUUGAGUCAGGGUGAGCGACAGCUCGUGAGCUCCCGCGCCGCCACUCGACCGAUCAACUCUGACCCAGGAUCACGACCAGAACAGGCCUUACCUGCCAAAUCACAGUGGCUGGGAUCAGAUGAAUGGCUGACUGUUGAGGCCCGGCCAGUGAACACACAGGAGCUGGAUCUGGAGCCUGUGGACUUUGAGUUCGAUCUUACUCGAGAGCUGUCUACGCCACAGAAGGUGUCCAUCCCAGAGCGACUCAUGGAUGUGGAGUCCGAUGAAGAACUGAGUCCGGAAGAGAAGGAGACUCGUUCUCGUACCGUAGUGAAGAUUAAAAGCCUACUGUCUAAGUCGAGUGUGAGGUCCAUGGAUGCAGAGCAGUUAGAUUUCAGUGAGCUGGAUAAAGAGCUGCAGCAGCAGGAGAGAAUCAUGGGCGUUCAGCGAGCUCUCGCCACAGAGGCCUCCACCAAGAGGAAGCAGGUCACAGCCAAAGACAUGUCUGAGGGCUAAAAAAGUGUUGAGAAGCUUUCUGGGGAACCCAAAGAUCUUUUUGUGUGUGUGUUUUGUACCAAGUAUUUAUGAUUCACAUUCAAUAAUUCAGGUUCUCUGAUGUUUAUAACUUUUUAUAUGUUAGAUUGGUUUUAUUAAUUUUACUGGUGAGCACUUUGAAAUUAAACUUUUAGUUUUACAAUUCUGACAUAGCUGACAAAGUUUUUUCAUUUUGCAUGAUGUUAUUUUUAUCACCAUGUAAUCGUGACUUAAGGUACUU